ACAAAAUCGCAGUGUUUGGAGGUGCCCCAGUUUCCCCUAUUUGAUUAAUUGCAAGUUUGUCAAUCGAAUAUAAAUCACUAUUAUGUGAAAUAAUUUAGUUUUACAUACAUUCAAUAAAAAAUUUCACAGAAAUCUUACUAUUUGAAAAGAGAUUUAGAGAGAGACUUAUGAGAUCUCAUGGGAGAGUUUUAUUACAUUUUAUUCCAAAUAUAUUUGAAGGUUUUAAAUCGCCAUGAGCUGCGAAAUAAUAUUGGACAAAACAAGUUACGUGGCUGGUGAAAAUCUCACUGGUCGUGUGGAAAUUGCAAAUUCACAACCAAUGACUAUUCGAUACAUAGCAUUGAUGAUAAAGGGCAGUGCUGAUGUUCACUGGACCGAAUCAAAGUCACAUACGGUGAACGGAAAAAGGAAGACCCGUACAGUAAUAUAUUCUUCGCAGGAACAAUAUUUGAACAGUCGAACAAUAUUGUAUGGGCAAGAAGGAGGACCAACCAUCCAUUUACCAGCAGGAAAUCAUUCUUAUACUUUUGCAUGUGAACUUCCUUAUGCACUACCGGGCUCUCUUGUUGGCGCUUAUGGAAAAAUCACAUAUAAGGCUAAAGUUAAAUUUGAUAUUCCUUGGGCAUUUGAUGACAAGUAUGAAAAGGAAUUCCAUGUGAUAGCCACACUUGAUCUCAGUCAGAAUGUCUCUUUGAGAAUGCCAAGUCAGGUUGAAAAAAUUAAGGACUAUUGCUCUUGGAAGUGCACCACUACGCCAGCUUUUAUAACUGUAACAAUUCCAAAAUCUGGAUUCCUUGUAAAUGAGGAGAUUCCAAUAUCUGUGCGAAUCUCAAACAAAAGUACCGUUGAUAUUGUCAGUAUUCAAACGAAAUUGGUGAAAUCACUUGUUUGCAGGAGUACUACACCAAAUAUUAAAGAAAGGCAUGAGACUAAUAAAAUUGCCCACAAUACUUAUGAUUUACAUCAGAAAAGUAGUGAUCGGGAAAUCAGUAUUGAGUCUAAACUUACCGUGCCCUAUACACCAGUUACAUGCAAUGUCUCUUCCAACAUAAAAAUUUCAUAUUAUGUGGAAGUAGCUGUCUAUGUAACUGGAUGCCACAGUACUGCACGUGUUCAUGUUCCAGUGACAAUCGGAACCUUUCCGAUUUAUUCCAAUGUGAAUAGCAAUACAAUUCUACCUCAGAUGCCUGUUCCUAAUGCCCCAGUUUCACCUUUAGCAAUGGCUCCACAAUUUGAAAUGUCCAUCACAAAUAUACCGACAGCUCCAAUGUCUGAUGAAACAGCGCCGCCACCUUCAUAUUCAGAAGCUGUCUAUGGCUGGAAAGAAGAUGAGAGAUCAUUGAACAUGCAAAGUGGUCCUAAGUUUUAAAAAUCUGCAAAUUAUUGCGGUUGUGGGCCAAAGAGAAUUUAAUAAAAUUCAUAAUUUUGGGGAAAUUAUUGAAAAAUAAUUUCUUAGGGUGGGAAUACUUUCCUAUAAAUUGAUGAAGAAAAAUUUGCCUUCAUCAAGGAAUUAUUUUUUUUUAAAUUUUUUUAAUGUAUAAAUAUGUUAUAAAAAUGGAAAAUAUAUAUGGUAUAUCUUA